UUUGACCGUGAAGUAAAGUAAUAUUAUAAUUGAAAAAGACCACUACAGUCUAGUCUAGUCAUGUCUGUAUUGCAACUUUGCAGAAGAUCUAGCAGGAAUUUUCAGCUUGCAGCAAGACAUACAGCUCUAGUAUCCAUUGGAUCACCAUCCUGUCAGCUUGCAAGUCCUCAUGUCAGCCAUCUCAAGGCACAGCAACUCAACUCUGCCCUCUACCACAUACACAAUGAUCACAGAUACUACAGCUCAUCAUCUCCUAAGUCGUUUGCUACUAAAUGGUUGAUGAGGAGGGUGUAUGCUGCUCUAGCACUCCUGGGCAUCACGGGCGGAGCUCUAAUCCUGAUCCAAAGUCAGGUACGCUCUGCAGCGGACAAGCUCUCGUGGGUGGAGAACCUCUACCCCUCCGAGAUAGCUGGGAGGAUGGGCCGAGGAUUUGACUCCAUGUCAGAGUGGCUCAAGUCAUCUCCACAGGAGAGCAGCCCCGCCCACAGUGGAGGGGAUGUCCCUAACAGGACCUCAAGACUUUCUGCAAGCUCAGCCUCGCCUUCCCGCAUCAGCGAGUCCAAAGACAGACUACUCACUAGUGAGAUUAAAGAGCUUCAGGCAAAACUGCAGUCCAUAGAGAAAGACAACUACAAGCUUAGACAAGACUUGGCCAAGGCUUCUGGAGUGGACCCGAGCAAAAUACGUGGAGGAAGAAAGCGGUCGCUGAUUGAGAUGUACACGGACAUUCUGAAUCUGCUCACUGACUUUGAUGCCAAGUCCAACAGGAAGGACGGGAAAUUCAUCAACACUCUGCCUCAGGUGGUGGUGGUUGGAGACCAGAGUGCUGGCAAGACGAGUGUCCUGGAGAUGGUUGCUAAUGCUCGUAUAUUCCCACGGGGAGGAGGGGAGAUGAUGACUCGUAGUCCCACCAUGGUUACCCUUAGCGACGGACCAGAGCAUGUUGCAAUAUUCCACGGUAGCAGUAAGGUGUAUGAUCUCACCAAGGAGAGGGACCUUUGUGCCAUCCGCACCGAGAUUGAGCGUCAGAUGAGAGUCAGCGUCCAAUCAGGGAAGACCGUGAGCUCUCAGCCCAUCUCCCUCACCGUGUACGGACCCCACCUCAAGAGAAUGGUCCUGGUUGACCUCCCAGGAAUCAUCAGUACUGUGACCACUGGUAUGGCUGUUAACACAAGAGAAGAUAUCAUCAAAAUGUGCAGACAGUACAUGCAGAACCCAAACGCCAUCAUCAUGUGCAUACAAGAUGGUUCGGUGGAUGCUGAGAGGAGCAUAGUGACAGACAUUGUCAGUCAGAUGGACCCAGAAGGCUCUCGUACGAUAUUUGUGCUCACCAAAGUUGACCUGGCGGAGAAGGGUGGAGUCAAACAAGACAGGAUGCUCUCAAUUCUGGAUGGCCAGUUGUUUCCAAUGAAGGCCCUUGGAUACUAUGCCGUGGUUACUGGGAGAGGUAACAGUGGGGAGGGCAUUGAUGAGAUACACAAGUACGAGAGAGACUACUUUGCUCGCUCCAAACUAUUCCAGAAUGGUAUGCUGAGAGAAUCCCAGCUGUCCACACGUAACAUGGUGACGGCUGUGACGGAAGAGUUCUGGAAGAUGGUCCGGGGGUCCAUCAACGAUCAGGCACUUCACUUCAAGACUCUGCGGUACAACCUAGAGGCUGAGUGGCGUAAUAGGUACCCUGGGGGAAGGACACUGGACAGAGACGACCUUUUUGAGCUGGGCAAAGCAGAUAUCUUGACCGAGGUCGCCAGUCUGCAGGUUCUCCCACCCAACAAGUGGGAGAUGAUUCUGAGCGAGGGACUCUGGGACAGAAUGGCCCCCAAAGUGUUGGACAUCUUUAUGGCAGCUGCUCAAGGACGUUCGCCAGGAGAAUUCAACACAUCAGCUGAUAUCCAACUGCAUAAGUGGGCUGACAGCCAAGAGCUGGCGAAGCUGUGCACUGAGGUUGGUCUGGAGACAAUGUUUGAACAGCUACACACCAAACUGGAGGAUGGGGGAGAGGGAGGGGCCAAUCGGUUCCACUCCCUGAGUCAGGGCCUUCGUGAGGAGAUAGAGAGACUGGGCAGGACACAACACCAGUGGGAGGGGUACAACGUCGAUCAGCUGAAAUACGUUCAGAUGUCAGCACUGGAUGACAAGGACGUCCAGACAGCGGAACAGUGGGAAGCAGCCGUCCAGUUCAUGAGCUCCUCUCUUAAGAAGCAGAUACGAGUGGCAGAGGAGGAGAUGCAGAGGAUGGAGGGACCCACGUCUUAUUACGAUCGCUGGAUCAGGUGGAAGGGGCAGAAUGAGUUGGAGAUCAAGAGGCAAGCCGUCGCUAAUGAACUCAAUAACUUCCUACGAGCAGAGCCGUCCCACCCGAACAAGCUCUACGCUGAUGAAGUGAUGACAGUGCAGAGAGUGCUCAAGACCAACGGAUAUUCUGUCUCUGAAGAGGAUGUACAGUACGUGUGGGAGCGUGUGUACGACCUCCACUUUCUACGAGAGGCUGAGGAAGUGGCCAACAAGUGUCAGUGGGGGUUCAACCUACGCCACCACAGCACUGAGUACACGUGUUCGGAGGUAGAGUUUUUCUGGCGAGUGGAGCAGGUCAUCAAGAGCUCGGCCCGUACACUCAGAGUACAGAUACUGGACAGAGAGGUGCGACAGCUAGAGCAACAGGUGAAGACAACACUGGACUCCAUUGCUGGGGAUGAGGGGAGAAAGAGAGAGGUGAUCAGGGGAGAUGCCGUGGACAAGGCAGAGCAACUAAAGCAAGUGCGUAUGAUUCAAGAGAAGUUGGACACAUUCAGAGAAGCACUCAAGACACAACAAAGAGACUGAAUGAACCCUCUAUAAUUAUAGUAACUUCCGUUUGUAUGUAUACAGUAAUACUGAUUGAUUCAUUUAGUGAUUGUUCAUAACUGCAUGUAGAUCAUUAAUAUCUCACUGUAUAAUUAUUUGUAAUUGUUGUG